UCAUCUCACUAAUUAAAUCUCAAUGGAUCCAUCAAAAUUUCCUUUUGAUAUCGAAGCUUAUAAAAGGCAAUCUGAAAUUGAAGAUACGUAUAUCCUCAAUUAUUUUAGUGAGCGCCGAAAGAAAAUAGAGGAAGACUUUCCACCUCGCACGAAGAGAAAAUACUUCAAGAGAGAUCAUAUAGCGGCAAAUCAAAGACUAGUUGACGACUACUUUUCCAAUCAACCUACAUACGACGAUGCAAUGUUUCGUCGACGAUUCCGAAUGCGAAAACAUGUUUUCCUUCGAAUCGUUGGGGACCUAUCAAGUACUGACGACUACUUCACCCAGCGAUUUGACGCAGCCAAUAAAGAAGGUAUAUCUCCAUUAGCAAAAUGUACCACGGCCAUGCGAAUGCUAGCAUAUGGUGUGGCGGCCGAUGCGGUGGAUGAGUACAUCAAAAUUGGAGGUACUACAGCUCUGGAGUGUUUGCGUAGAUUCUGUAAGAGAAUCAUACAAUUGUACGAGAAAGAGUAUCUUAGAGCCCCAACUCAAGAGGACCUGCAGAGAAUUUUGCAUGUUAGUGAAAUGCGAGGGUUCCCGGGGAUGAUUGGGAGUAUUGAUUGCAUGCACUGGGAAUGGAAAAAUUGUCCUACAGCAUGGAAAGGACAAUUUACUCGGGGUGAUAAGGGAACAACCACUGUUAUUCUUGAAGCAGUAGCAUCACAUGAUCUAUGGAUCUGGCAUGCCUUUUUUGGAUGUCCAGGCACAUUGAACGAUAUAAACGUUCUAGAUCGUUCACCAGUGUUUGAUGAUGUAGAACAGGGAAAUACUCCAAGAGUUAACUUCUUGGUGAACCAACGUCCGUAUAAUAUGGCAUACUAUCUAGCUGACAGUAUAUAUCCUUCUUAUCCUACUUUUGUCAAAUCGAUUAGGCUUCCUCAAAGUGAGCCGGACAAGUUAUUUGCAGAAGUUCAAGAGGGAUGCCGGAAGGACAUCGAACAUGCAUUUGGAGUGUUGCAGGCUCGAUUUAAAAUAAUUCGCGAACCAGCUCGCAUGUGGGACAUAGACGACUUGGCUAUCAUUAUGAGGUCAUGUAUCAUAUUGCAUAAUAUGAUUGUUGAGGAUGAACGUGAUACAUAUAUUCAACGAUGGAACGAUUAUGAUCACUCUGAGGCAAGUGGGUCUAGUACACCGCAGCCAUUCUCGACCGAGGUGCUACCUGCAUUUGCAAAUCAUGUACGUGCUAGAUCCAAAUUGCGUGAUUCAAGUGUGCAUCGCGAAUUGCAAGCAGAUCUAGUCAAACACAUAUGGGCAAAGUUCGGAAUGUUAAAUGAUUUUUAAGUUUUUGAGUUGAGUCUAUUGUACUAGUUAUGUGUGUUUUAUUGGUUGUAUUGGGUGCUUCUUAUUGUAUUGUAUUGUGUUUUUCUUAUUGUAUUGUAUUGUGUUCUUCUUAUUGUACUGUAGUGCAUUUUAAAGUUUUUCGUAAUUUUAUUUGUUUUAAU